AGCAUUUGAUUGAUAGAAAGCAUUAAGUAUGGUAGGAGAUAAGAGAGUCGGAGAGACAUGGUGGUUUUGUAAAUAAAAAUAAAAAAUAAAAUAAUAAAAAAUAAAAUAAUUAAAAAAAAAAAAAAUUCUAACGACAGCCAUGAAAAAUCGCAAAGCACUUGAUCGUCAACUCCACAAACCUCCUUCAUAUUCGCUAUCCAUUUACAGCUUACGUCUUCUCUUUCAUUUCCCACCAAAAAUCUCUCUCUUUUCUCUUUCUCUCUCUGUGUCGUCCAAAGGAAGAACACGAAGAUAAUCUCCAUUACGUUGUUCCCAGCAUGCAUUUCACAAAGCUCGAUGAUUCUCCAAUGUUCCGCCAACAGGUUUCUCUGAAGAUGCAUUUACUUGUUAGAUAUUUGAAGUUAGCUAUUGGCAAAAAAGAUACUUGCAGUUAGCUUAUUUAUGCAUUCUUGGUUGAAACAGAUACAAUGCUUGGAAGAUAAUGCAGAAUUAUUGAGGGGAAGAUGUCAUAAGUUUUACAAAGGAUGCCGAAAGUAUAGUGAAGGGAUUGGAGAAGCGUAUGAUGGAGACAUUGCUUUUGCAAGUGCUCUUGAGGCUUUUGGAGGAGGGUACAAUGAUCCUACUUUUAUUGUUUUGGAAGGAAAGAAUCAUGGGGAUAGCAAAAUAACAGCUAACCAGCAAAAGGAGCAACUGAGCCAAGGCAACGUUAUAACCAGAUUCGCAAUUGUUUUAAGAGAAAUUGGAACGUAUAAGGAAGUUCUUAGGUCACAGGUAGAACAUGUGCUAAAUGAUAGACUAUUUCAGUUUGUCAAUCUUGACCUUCACGAUGUUAAGGAAGCCAGAAAGCGCUUUGAAAAGGCUUCACUUACAUAUGAUCAGGCACGAGAGAAGUUUCAGUCAAUGAAGAAGAGCACUAAGAUGGAUAUUGCUGCUUGUCUAGAGGAGGAACUGCACAUUGCAAGAUCCUCCUUUGAUGAAGCUCGCUUUAAUCUGGUUAGUGCUCUGUCAAAUAUUGAGGCCAAAAGAAGGUUUGAAUUUUUGGAAGCUGUUAGUGGGACAAUGCAUGCUCAUCUUCGUUACUUCAAACAGGGAUAUGAACUAUUGAGCCAAAUAGAACCCUAUAUUAAUCAGGUUUUGGCAUAUUCUCAAAUGUCAAGAGAAAAAUCCAACUACGAGCAAGUUUCUCUUAUUUCAAGGAUGCAAGAGUACAUAAGGCAGAUGGAUUGUGAAAGUAGACAAUCCUUGUCUGGCUCUUAUGUUUCUCCAAAAGGAGAUCAUAUGCAGUUUCUAUCUAAGCGAGCAAAUAAAGUAAUAGAGGCGGUGAUGCAAUCUACUGAAAAGGGAAAGGUUCAAAUACUUCGGCAAGGAUAUCUUUCUAAACGUUCCUCCAACCUAAGGGCUGACUGGAAGAGAAGAUUUUUUGUUCUUGAUAGCCGGGGGAUGCUGUACUAUUACCGGAAACAAUUGACCUGGUCAUCUUCUGGAAGUUCUCCACAUAAGAAUAAUGUCUCUGAAAAUGGUUCUGGAUUGUUGAGCCGGUGGCUUUCUUCUCAUUACCACGGUGGUGUACAUGAUGAAAAAUCUGUGGCACGUCAUACCGUAAAUUUGCUAACUUCAACAAUAAAGGUUGAUGCUGAUCAAUCAGAUUUAAGGUUCUGCUUCAGGAUAAUUUCACCCACAAAAAUCUUAACUUUGCAGGCGGAGAAUGCACUUGACCAGAUGGAUUGGAUUGAAAAAAUAAAGGGAGUUAUUGCUUCGUUAUUGAGUUCUCAGGCACCUGAGAAGUUUCUAUCUGCUAGCUCCUUGGAAAGUGAUGGUUAUGCUAUUGCCAGCAAGCGUACUUCAUUAGAUAAUCCUUCAGAUGUUGAAAGGACAACUUCAUGUAAGAGAUUUACCGACAGAAAUGGUUUAGAAGCUUCUAUAAGUUCCCAACAACAUCAUAACAGUGUGAAAAGUGAGAAACCCAUUGAUAUACUGAGAAGAGUAUGUGGAAAUGACAAAUGUGCGGAUUGCGGUGCACCUGAACCAGAUUGGGCAUCCUUGAACCUUGGAAUUCUUGUUUGUAUUGAAUGUUCUGGUGUUCAUCGUAAUCUUGGUGUGCAUUUAUCGAAAGUUAGAUCGCUGACUCUUGAUGUGAAAGCUUGGGACCAUUCGGUCUUAACCUUGUUUCAAUCGCUGGGAAAUACCUAUACAAACUCAAUCUGGGAGGAGUUAUUGUAUUCAAGAACUAGCUUUUUGAGUGGUGAGAUGCCUAUGGGAAACAAGCUAUAUUCCAUGAGAAAGCCCAGUUAUCGUGAUCCUAUUUCAGUAAAGGAGAAAUUCAUUCAUGCAAAGUAUCAGGAUAAACUCUUUGUUCGGCGGAUAAAGGAAAAUCAAGAUUCACUUUCAAUGGAGCAACGGCUGUUGAAAGGUGUUUGUGCUAAUGAUAUGAAAGCAGUAUACCGCUAUAUUGUCAGCUUUGAAGCGGAUAUGAAUUCAAUUUUGGGGCAAGCAUUAAAAAGUGGUUCUAAGAAUCUUUCUUCAUGUUACUUAAAUUCAAGAGACGAAAAUGAAGUUCAACUUACAAAGGGCUUCCAUGAAGAUAAAAAUGAAGCUCAACUUACAAAUCAGGGCAUCCCUCAAGGUUGUUCUCUUCUUCACCUGGCCUGCCAAACCUCUGACGUAGGCAUGGUAGAGCUGCUUCUGCAGUAUGGUGCAAAUGUAAAUGUUUCAGAUUCAAAUGGCCAUACGCCACUUCAUUAUUGUAUUAUGAGGGGAAAAUCUGCAAUUGCAAAAAUGCUUCUUAUGAGAGGAGCUCAUCCAGAAGCCAUGGACAGGGAAGGUAAUACACCUCUCAAGCUUGUAUCAGGAUCUUCCUUGGGUGACAAUGAGCUGGUCGCUCUCUUAAAACACACAGACAGAUGAUGUUAUAUGUAUCAUAUACAUAUGUACAUUUAGCUGCUCAACAAUGGUCAUGCCAAAACCAACUCUUGGAUCAGUAUCUUAAG